AGGUGCUGCCGGGCAGCCGGCUGAGCAAGCCAAGAGGAAGCGGCCGGGCGGCGCCCCAGGUGGAACGGGCGCUUCCUGGGCCGGGGAUCGGGCAGGUGGCGCAGGUAGGCAAAAGGGGGGCAGGCAGGCAGCAGAAGGGAGCAGAAGUUGGCGUUGCGAGGCGCUCCGGCCCGGGGAAAGCCGAGGAGGAGCUCGCGCAAACUUCCCGGCUACCUUUCCCGGCGCCAAUCUCGGGGUUCCCCCUGGGAAGAAGAGGAAUCGGGGGGGCGCAGCGUUCGUACCCCUCGCCGGCCGGCUUCGGGAUGCUGGGCAGAACCAGGAAGGGAAAGAGAACUCCAGCGCCGAGCAGAUGAAUACGACAAUACACGCCAACUGGUCUUCUCCAGCCCCAGAAGCGCUCCUGACCUCCAGCAUGGUUGCUACCUUGGCCCAUUUCUUCUCGCCACCGAUGGUCUCCAGCCAUUUAAUUGUGGAGGAUGGUUCCCAACUAAGGGCUGACCAGAAUCACUCCCAGGAGAUCCAAACCCUCUUUUUGACCACGUCCACAGCAAAAGCCAUCUCGGGACUCUUUGUCUGGACGGCCCUGAUCCUUACUUUCCACCAGAUCUACUCGCACCUGAAAAACUACACCAUUCCCAACGAGCAGCGUUACAUCAUCCGGAUUCUCUUUAUCAUCCCCAUUUAUGCCUUCGACUCCUGGCUUAGCCUCCUGCUAAUCGGCAGCCAUCAGUACUAUGUUUACUUUGACUCAGUGCGGGACUGCUACGAAGCAUUUGUGAUUUACAGCUUCCUGAGUCUCUGCUUCGAAUAUCUUGGAGGAGAAAGUACCAUCAUGGCGGAAAUCCGAGGAAAGCCCAUUGUUUCUAGUUGUCUCUACGGAACUUGCUGUCUCCAAGGGAUGUCUUACUCCAUUGGGUUCCUUCGGUUCUGCAAACAGGCCACCCUGCAGUUCUGCAUCAUCAAGCCGGUCAUGGCCAUCCUCACCAUCAUUCUCCAAGCAUUUGGGAAGUACCACGAUGGUGAUUUCAACAUCCACAGCGGGUAUCUCUACAUCACCAUCAUCAACAACUUCUCGGUCAGCCUGGCCCUCUACGCUCUCUUCCUCUUCUACUUUGCCACCAUGGAUUUCCUGAGGCCUUUUGAGCCAGUCCUGAAGUUUCUUACCAUCAAGGCGGUCAUCUUCCUCUCCUUUUGGCAAGGGGUGCUCCUGGCCAUCUUGGAGAAAUGUGGGGUCAUCCCAGAAGUUCAGAUCAUUGACGGGAAGGCAGUGGGAGCUGGCACCGUUGCAGCCGGCUACCAGAACUUCAUCAUCUGUAUCGAGAUGCUGUUUGCUUCCAUCGCUCUCCGUUACGCUUUCACCUGCCAGGUGUACCAGGAGAAAAAGGAAAGCACCACAGCAGGCGUGGCCCCGUUGCAAAGCAUCUCCAGCGGGCUGAAGGAAACGAUGAGCCCUCAAGAUAUUGUCCAAGACGCCAUCCACAAUUUCUCCCCGACCUACCAACAAUACACGCAGCAAUCCAUGCAGGAGACGGAAGGGGGUUUGGGGCAGAACGGCCACGUGAGUCCUCCGGUGGAGGCCUCGCAGAGCAAGAAGAGGAGGAGCCUUGAGAAACGGAUGCUGAUCGUCUCCGACGAGGAGUUGUGAAGAGGCCGCUUGUGAAGAGGAGAACUUGUGUUUAUCGGGUCUUCUCACCUUGGUCCAGACCGGCAGCUGCCAACCGAAUCGGACCACAUUGUUGAACGAAGCAACAGAAGCGUCUCAUUCUUGUUCUCAGUGGGCUGUUGAGGGAAGAUCCCCAGAUAUUGGGUUGACUUCUUAAAUACAGCUGGAUCUACCUUUUCUUAUGUGGUGUUGUGGUGAGUGGCAGAAACACUCAGGAUGUACUUAUUGUUGGUCCUGGUGCAGCCUGAGGAAAACAGAAUUUCUCAACGGACACAGGUCCUCCCAUUCCCAAUUAUCCCUGGAGAUAAUACUGAUUAUUGGCAGAGACGGAACAAGGCAACGUAGGAAGGGAUAAAAUUGGAUGGAAUCGACACUUUCAUUCUGCAACUGCAGCUCAAUCCCAUUGGAACUAGAUUCCCAUUGUCGUUCUUUUUUGGUUUGCUUGUUUGUGGAUCCAAUCCACCGGGAUGGGAAUACAAUAGCUCAGAGCCCCAGAGAAAUAAAAGCACGUUUCUUCUUUCCAACACAAGGAGCUGCAGCAAGGUGAGGAAUUAAUAGCGCCAGAUUCCUUUAUGAAGUUGCACUGAGGCUGUCAAAGCUUCUGAUCAUAGAACGCACCUUGGAUGUCAGAGGAGUUGUGGCUUCAUCGUGGAAGAAGAGGCGUUGCAUUACGUUGAAAGUGUGAACGUGUUGAUAUAAGGCGCUUCUUCCUACCUGGAGGGUCCUGUGUGUGAUGGCUAUGAAUUGCGUGUCAAUCUGUACAUUUCAACAACAAAAAAAAUUAUAAAAAUAUUUGUAA